AUGGCCAUCCUCAAGCGCAGCAUGGCCGUCUUCCGGCGCAGGAGGGCCAUCUUCCGGCGCAGACGGGCAGUCGAGCCCUCCAAGCCGGAACCUGAGGAGCCAGAGGCCAAACCACCAAAGGCCUCCAUUCUAUGCGAACGACCGUACGCCAUUCCGUUGCUGGUCUCGCUGUGCGCACUCGUCAUCUGGAACACCAUCAUGACCGUCCUCGCCGCCGUUGCCACUGCAGCUCUGCUCUCCAUCUACUGGGAUCAGUACACCCGGAGCGUCGGCGCCGAUUACUACGGCUCCGUCUCGGCCUUUUGGCUACUCAUCCCCGUCGUCACACUCUCCAUCUCCAUUGUCGAUCUGUACAUGCGCUGGCGCAAAACCCUCACCCCUCUCCGCAUGGUCGUUUCCGCCUCGUUCGGUCUCGUGAUUUGGAUCGUCGCUCUGGGCGUUUGGUUCCCCUGCACCGCGGCGAGGGACAUCUUCUCCACGGCCUUGGGCCCGAGCAACGCUCCGUACUGCCCGUGGUAUCUUUACCCGGGCUUUCAAUUCCAACGCUCAGUCGUCUUGCCGUACGUUGGGAUUGGGUGUGUGGUCCUCUACGCGGCCCACCUAGUCCUCGGCCUCAUCAUGACCAUCUUCCCCCGGCGAGAAUCCGCGACCGGCGAUCCCAAAUUCGACGCAAUCGAGGCAAACAUCCGGCGCAUGCGAAUGACCUCGGACAUCUUCACCACCGUCGACUGGCGCUCCGAUUCCCUGCCUUCCACCAUCCAAGGCUACGCCGUCUCGCCUCCGGCUACUGCGCGUGCGCCUCCCAGCUACCGCAUGCAUGUCCACAGCAAUGACGACGUGCGCAGUCGGCCGUCGAGCUUCUACAGUAGCUCGCUGCUUUCGCAUGGCGCGGAUGGCGAUCAUAGUAUGUAUCCCUUGAGUCGGAUAUGUACGUGCCAGUGCCAUCAUCGUCCAAGCACGUUCGCGGAUGAUCGCCUGGAUGUGGUAGAAGCGCAAUCGACUACGAGCGGGAAUGUCGCGCCUGACUUGACCGAGACUGUUGCGCCUGAGUCGAGCCAGACUGCCAUCCAUAUCUCGAGCGAGACUAUCGAGCCGGAAAGGAGCGAGACGCAUCUACCCGGGACAUGA